AUGCAACCUACCUCAUCGUCAAACAUGUCGUCCUCCAUACGUAGUGCCAACCGUGACUCAAAGCAACCGCUUGAGUACGAGCUAGAGGCUGGUCUACUGCCUAGUGAUUCGGCAUCCAGUGAUCACAUCCAUCAUACUGAAAAUUUAAAUCGAAGUUUGAGUCCCAGAGUCAUAAAUAUGAUCACCAUUGCUGGAGUUAUAGGUACUGGAUUGUAUCUCGGUACAGGGAAAAUGUUGGCCACUGGUGGGCCAUUGAGUUUACUAUUGAACUACAUGAUCAUUGGAGUCGUGGUGUUUUUCAUGAUGCUCUGCCUAGGAGAAAUGUCGGCCCAGUACCCCGUCAGCGGCUCUUUCACAACAUACGCCAAAAGGUUUGGCUCUGAUUCUUUGGGGUUUGCCAUAUUGAUCAACUAUUGGUUUAACGACUGUUGUAGUGUGGCUGCAGACUUGACAGCGUUACAGUUGGUGAUACAGUAUUGGACCGAUUUCCAUUGGUACGUGAUCUCCAUUAUUUUCUGGGUGUUCUUGCUAUUCUUGAAUGUCAUCCAUGUCAGAGCCUAUGCAGAAGCUGAGUAUUGGUUGGCUCUUCUUAAAGUAGUCACCAUUUUGAUCUUCUUUAUUGUCAGUAUCAUUUGCAACGCCGGAAAGAACCAGAUGCAUGAAUAUAUUGGAUUCAGAUAUUGGAGCUACAAAGAUGCCCCAUUUGUCAACGGAUUCAGAGGAUUUAGUUCAUUGUUUGUCUCGGCCGCUUAUGCAUUUGGUGGCUUAGAGUCGGUGUCGUUGACUGCAGGUGAAACAAAAAAUCCAAACAAGACAAUACCCAAAACGGUUAAAGCCACUUUUAUCAGGAUCAUCAUCUUUUAUGUAUUCACUGCAUUUUUCAUUGGCAUGAAUGUUCCAUACGAUUAUCCAAAUUUGCUGACAAAAGAUGUUGCAGUUUCACCAUUUACUAUUGUCUUUCAACAAGUUGGCGCUAAAGCUGCCGGCUCGUACAUGAAUGCCGUAGUGCUAUUAUCGGUGUUGUCAGCUGGAAAUCAUGCUUUGUUUGCUGGUUCCAGAUUAGCGUACAACUUGAGUACUCAGGGCUACAUUCCCAAAAUCUUUUUACCACUUAAUCGUUUCCAGAUUCCAUAUGUCGCUGUUAUUGUAACCUGGUUGAUUGGAGGAUUGUGUUUUGCGUCUGCAUUUGUGGGUACCGGUGAGUUGUGGUCAUGGCUCCAAGCAAUUGUUGGGUUGUCCAAUUUGAUCUCGUGGUGGGUCAUUGGAGUGGUAUCUUUGCGUUUCAGAAGAGGCUUGGCAAAGCAAGGAAGAACACACGAACUAUUGUUCAAAAACUGGUCAUACCCAUACGGACCUUUGUUUGUAGUAAUCUUUGGUGGAUUCAUCAUUUUGGUCCAAGGGUGGUCGACAUUUAGUCCGUUCAGCGUGAAUGACUUUUUCCAAUCGUAUUUGGAUUUGGGUGUGUUCCCAGUGUGUUUCUUAUUUUGGUGGCUCGUCAUUAAGCGCGGAAAAGAUCGAUUUGUGCGUGCUGCUGACAUGGAUUUUGAUACUGACCGAUAUAUUGAAACACCGGACGAAGUUGAAAUUGAUCAACAUGCCAAAUCAUUAAAAGGUUGGGCCAAGUUCAAACACAAUUUCGCUGAUAACUUUCUUUAG